GUUUUGAUCAAGUCUUCUAUUGCUGGUCUGUGUCUGUGUUUGCGUGUGACUGUGUGAGGCGGCAGCGGAGAAGGUCAUCGAGCUCCCGCCGCGCAAGUGCAUCGGCCCCUGUAGCUGGGGGCCGAUGACACACUUGCUUGGCGGUUGUUGGAUGUCCUUCUGCACGCCGCCUUGCAAGCGUGUGAGAGUCUUGAUGCACAGACAGAUGCAUACACACAUAAAAGCCCUGUCAGUGUUCCCCAUUCCACCAAUCCCCAGCCUGGCGGCGAAAAACGACAUCAGGCUCCGAAGCACAUACACAAACACCACACAAUGCACCGCAUAACGCUAGCUGUCCAGACGAAAAACGCCCACGCACAUCCCCACGCACAUCGAAUCGACCCAUACAAAGCCACGGCAAAAAACACGAUCGGGAGCCGCAAAGCGGCUCACCAUUGCGGAAUGCGAUGUAUUGCGAUAUGUACAAUCACACGCAGACACACCGAGACGACAGACAGAUGUGUCUACGGCAAACAUCCAGGGCCGCCUUUCGCCGCGAACACAGCCCAGCCACAGAUAAAGCGGGGUAGGCUAGACUGUUGCCCUUUCUGGCUGCCUGUUAGCUAUGGGUGCAGCCAUCCAUCGAUCAGAGCACCAGAGCGUCAAUCAUGAAGCCACAACAUCCACCACACCCGCCACAAAGCCAUCCCACCACCCCUGCACCGCUCCCACCCACCCCACAGCCUCACUCUCAGCUGUGCCUGCCCCUCUAUCCCUCUCUGCGCGCCUUCUGGCUGCCCACGGCGGCCGUGUGGCCACAGACCAACCCCGAAGAGUGCGUCCCUGGCCCACUGGCGGCAGAUGGCGUGGCCCCUGCAGGCCAUCAUCGAGCCGCCGGCCUCUCCCUCCCAUCGCUCCUCCCUUGCCGCCUGUGCCGCCUCUGACCACUCCGAUAGGUCCGGGGCGCCCCUGUGCCGCGCCCGAUUGGGUGAUGCCCUGGCCUUUGCCUCUGAUGUUGUCGCUGAUGUAGUUCUGCUGCCACCUUCUGCCGAGGAAGUAGGGGUCCACGAAGCGGUUGGGGCGGCAGGCCACGUAGUUACCCUUCCCUGAAGGGCAGGGCGGCAGCGGCAGGUGGUCAGACAGACGAUGCACACACACCAACCAGCAAACACAGUGAGUAUGGGGAUGUGAGAGAGACUGAGAGAGAGGGGAGGGGUUGCGCUUUCGACUUUUGCCCCACACACCUGCUCGCCUGUCGUUGGGCUGCACGAUCUCCGUACCACACCUGAGAAGACACACACACACACACACACAGAGGGAGAGAGAGAGAGAGAGAGAGAGAGAGAGACUACUGAUCCGCUCAGCACUCCCCACACGGCCUCCACGGCUCACCGGGCGCCGCUGGUCCGGAAGCCGGGAUUCCCGAGGCGAGCGAACUGACCGCCGGCAGGAACGGUCAACAGCCACACACAGACCACCAGCCGUUGAACCAGCAUCAGCAUUGAGGAAGAGCGGCUGCGCUCGCGAGAUGAGGCGGGAGAUGAGACCUUGCGGGUGGGAUGGCUGAGAAGUUCGGAGACGCUGGACGGUGUAGCAUCCUUCAUGAUGUACAGGGGACGCUGCCAGGCUGCAAAAGGCCUUGGAAAAGUC